AUGCCUUGGUCUUUUCUAAAACGUCAUUCGCAAGUAUUAGUUCUUACUAUUUCAUCGGCUGUUGUUGCCGCUGGAUGCUUAUGGAGAGCAAUAAAACGAUAUCCAUCAAGUAUUACAAUGGUUCCAACAGAAGAAAAUAAAUUUAUAGUUGAUCAAUGUCCUUCAUUUAAUGAAUAUCGACCAACACCAUGGAUAUUCAAUGGCCAUUUUAUGACUGUGUUUGGUGUUAUUUUUCGUUCAUUACCAAAUGUUUUAUUUCAACGUAUUCUUGUUCCAGUUGAUGAUACGGGUGGAACUAUUGCUAUUGAUUGGCAUACACAACCCUACAAAGGCCAACCUAUUUUAUUAAUUCUUCAUGGUUUAACAGGCGGUUCCGAUAAUGAAUACGUUCGUUGGAUGACUUUAUCAGGCCAUUCAAAACUAAAUGCAUGCUGUGUAGUGGUUCACGCACGUGGAUGUGGUCGAUCGCAAUUAACAUCAGCACGAUCAUUUUGUGCUGCCGAUACAAACGAUUUACGUAUAUCAAUUCAAUAUAUUCGAUCGGUUAUAGGUACUGAAACACCAUUAUUUGCCGUCGGUUAUUCUCUUGGAGCUGGUAUAUUAACAAAAUAUAUUGGUGAAGAAACUGACGGAUGCCCUCUAGAUGGUGCCGUUGUUUGCUGUGCUAGUUUUGAUAUGCAUUUAUCAACAGCAAAUAUGGAGCAAUUAUUGCAUACAUAUACAUAUAAUCGUCGUUUAACAAAUAAUCUUAUACGAUACAUGCGACAACAUGAACAUCAUUUUACUAAAUCAAAAUCAUUACCAAAUCUUAAUGUUAAUCAAGUCUAUCAAUCUAAAACAAUACGUGAUUUUGAUACACAUGUUAUGGUACCACAAUAUGGCUAUCGUGAUGUUGAUCAUUACUAUACUGAAGCAUCAUCUAAUAUAUGGUUGAAAUAUAUUCGAAUUCCUACACUUAUAUUGAGUGCUAUUGAUGAUCCAAUAUGUCCUAUCGAUGGUUUGCCUAUUGAUGAUGUUUUACAAAAUCCUUAUUUAAUUGCAAUAAAAACAUUAGAAGGUGGUCAUGUCAGUUAUUUACAGGGUUGGUGGCCACGAACAUUUUCCUAUGAUAAUAUUGUCGUUGUUGAUUAUUUUAAAGCAAGACUCAAGCAAAUGAAUUAUCAAUGGGAACAGGAGAAUAAUGAUCAAAAUCUUAUUAGUAUUCAUUUAAAUCAAUAA